AUCCACUCAGCCGAUCAAAAUGAAUAAAAAAGAACAAAAUUCACGUCCGUUUGGUCGGCGCGUUGGAGUAGCUCCCAAAUACGUUUCCUGUGUGGCAAAGCGGACUUCAAUCUUGGUAAGGAGUGUGGGAGGCGACUACCCGCGGUACCCCCAUUCAGCGAUCUCCGUUUGCAUCUCCGAUCGUCUCGCCGGCGUCAGCGAGAAUGCAGGGCGGAUCCAGCGGCAUCGUCUACGGCGGCCUCAAGUACCAGGCGCGGUGCAUCACCGACGUGCGCGCGGACGCCGGUUCCACCACCUUCCUCGCCGGAACCCUCAGCCUCAAGGAGGAGAACGAGGUGCACCUGAUCCGGCUGCUGCCGGGGGAGAACGAGCUCGUGUGCGACGGGCUGUUCUACCAUCCCAACGAGAUCUGGGACCUCAAGUCCUGCCCCUUCGACCACAGGCUAUUCUCCACGGUCUACACCUCUGGUGAGGGUUAUGGCGCGUCCGUUUGGAAGAUCCCGGAGCUGUAUGGGCAGUCCAACUCACCGCAGCUUGAGCAGCUCUUCAUGCUCGAUGACCACACGGACAAAAUAAGAUGUGUUCUCUGGUGGCCACUGGGGAAGCAUGAUAAGCUAAUUAGCAUCGAUGACAGAAACAUUUUUCUCUGGAACAUAGAUCCAUCAAAUAAAUCAGCCAAGGUGAUAUCACAGGGAUCUGCUGACAUGCUUCCCAAUUUACGUGGUGGAGCUUGGGAUCCACACAAUCACAACGCAGUUGCUACAAUAACUGAUUCGUCACUCCACUUCUGGGAUCUCCGUUCUAUGAAGAGAUCAAAUGCAAUUGAACAUGCUCAUAUCCGGGAUGUGGAUUAUAACCCCAAGAAGCAAAACAUAAUUGCAACAGCAGAGGACGAAUUCGGAAUUCGCUUGUGGGAUCUCAGAAUGCUUAAGCAUCCUCUGAAGGAUCUCCCUGGACAUUCACAUUGGACAUGGGCUGUUCGGCACAAUCCUGAGUAUGAUGAGCUGAUUCUGAGUGCUGGAACGGAUUCAGCUGUCAAUUUAUGGUUGGCUAAAGUUGGCACUGAUGACUCUGGACCCGAAAGCCCUUCUGGUUCGCCCACUAGGCAAGAAGAACCAUUACUGCACUCGUAUACUGACUACGAAGAUAGCAUCUAUGGAAUUGCAUGGAGCUCCCAUGAUCCAUCGUUGUUUGCUUCUUUGUCUUAUGAUGGAAGGGUUGUUUUAGAAUCUGUCAAGCCCCACCUGCAGAGAAAAUGAAGCUUGUUGGUCUAUUUUCUCCACUUCAUGUGCAGGCUUGUUUGUUGUGCAUAUAAUUGGUGUUGUAGAGCUUCGUUCUUGCCAUUGUGUGUUCGGCUAUAAGGGGCUGAUGCGAUGAUUUGGUUCUAGUAACCCUGGUGCAAUAGCAAGCCAUUCAUAUCUCAAUAAUCACGGCGACGGAAGUCCAGGAUGGUUGCUGGAGAAAAAAAUGAUGUAGUCACAGUUGAAAAGAAUAUAGCGCAGCUGAGAUUUCAACAGUUCUCCUAUAUCUUCAAAUUUUGUCACUAGUUUUUCAUUUUGGAUUUCUGGGGAAACUGUGGAUAUCGGUAGUGGUAGUUAAUUGCUGCUUCUGGGCUUGUUAGAAUUCUGAUAUCCGAUGAGCCUGGUUGGCAUGAUGUGAUGAAGUAUAACUGAGCUGAAGUUUGUACUAGUGUUGUGAUUUACAAUAUCUAUGGAUUUUUCUGUUUACCGGUCAA